AUGGAAGAGUCUGCUACGAGUCGUUCCAAAACUCACCGAGUCCGCAAGCUGACCAGACGUGGAACGUCCAACAUAUUAAGUGAACUACAAGUGCAUCAGAUAACCGAGCUGCGAGAACUGUUCAAUCUUAUCGACACAAACCGUACCGGUGUCAUCGAAAGGGAAAAUCUGCGCGCCAUGUUAACUGUUUGGAUGGGUUGCGCUCCGACCGAGAAGGAACUGGACACCAUGCUGAACGAUGCCUGUGGUGUUCCGCUGAAUUUUACGCUUUUUCUAACCCUAUUCGCCAAACAUCUGAAGGACGUAGAUACGCCGGAUACGAUUAGAAGUGCCUUCCAGUGUAUGGAUACCGGAAACGUUGGGUCAGUUGACGAAAACGAGCUGCGUGUUUGGCUAACCACAAAAGGUGAUCAGCGUUUGUCGAGCGAGGAAGUGAAUGAAAUCUUUUCCCGUAUGGAACGAAAAGAUGGUCGACUGGAGUACGAUGCGUUCGAUAAAAUUUUCCAGAGUAAGCCGGAUCAAGGUUAA